AUGACUACCGACCGACUGCCUCUCAAGCAGCGAAUGCUCAAGCUGAAGGACAUUGGCUCGCUAUCGAUAGACCAAUGCACAUACAAGAACAUUGAGCUGACUGUCACCGACAAGCAGGGCCACGCCCGGGUGUGGAACUACUCUGCCAAGAAGUUUGGAACCGAGUUUUUUCCCGGAGGAAAGCGCUUCUUCAGUGCUAACUACUCCAACAAGUGGUGGUACGAGCGGGAGUCGAACUGGCUCGACUUCCACAUGGUCCAACAAGACACCAAAAGCGUGAUACUUGUCAUAGCCGGGCACCCUUACACUCUCCAGGUACCAGACAAGGGCAAUGUCCAACCACACCUUACACGAGCCCCAGACGUGCCUGCACCAAUCAGCUACGGUACAAAGGCACUUCAAGAGAUUUACAAACAUCCGCAACUGGCUGAUUUCAAGAUCAUCGACGAAGAUGACAAAACACACCUCAUUCAUACCCAAGUCCUCAUACCGCUAUGGCCCUACCUGGCUACAGUGCUGGAGAGCGGCAUGACGGAGUCUCGUGAUCGAACCCUCAAACUCCAAUACCCCUCCAACAUCCUAGACAUCAUCAUCGGCUUUCUCUAUGGAACAGUAACCAACGUAUCCGAAGAACUGGCUCUGGAGCUUCUGAUUCCGGCCAAGGUAUACUUCCUACAAGAUCUGGAACGGGCUGUGGAACGAGCUAUCACAGGUUCAUCUUUGGAAGGCGACAGGUGUAUAAUUUCCUGGCAGACCGCCAAACAAGCUGACAACCAGGUCAUCCGAGAUUACUGCUCAUGUUACUUCCUGGAACACGUUGGACACCAAGCUACGGCCUAUUUGUGUCCCGAUCUUUUACCGGAGGAACUGGCAGAGUUCCAGACUGAUCUCAACAACCAGAGAGCGAGACAACUUUUGUAUGAGGGCCAAUAG